UCUGUUUUCCAUAAAUAGGAGACUUAAGUGGUCCGUUUUGUUUUGUAAUGGGUUGUAUUUGCGCCACCGCGCGUUCCCCUAGCGCCGCCGUUACCGAUAAAGACCUGUUAGAUUCCAGCAAAUCAAUCCUUCAACUCAUCCCUCAUCGUCCACCGUCGUCGUCGUCUUCGUCUUUAUCCAAAAAGGAAGGAUCUUUCACACGUACGACUUCCGCAGCUUCCAUCACCAUUGUAGCUAAUGGUUACCCUGUGUCACGCCGUCCUUCCACCUCAUCAUCUGAUCGAAACAGCGUCAAACCGGUGGUUGUUGUAGGAGCUCCGACCAGGAAUCCCACCAGAAGAGUCACUGCUAUACCCGUUGCGCAGCCUAUAAGUCAGCAGCAGCCAGGACGUUUGAUCAGCAAUAAAACGGAACUUACCGGCGCAGAAUGGCCCUCUUGGUUGGCUUCUGUUGCCGGUGAUGCCAUUAAAGGAUGGGUUCCUCGUUGCGCAGAGUCUUUUGAGAAGUUAGACAAAAUUGGACAAGGGACUUACAGCAGCGUGUACAAAGCUAGAGACUUGGAAACAGGAAAGAUUGUGGCGAUGAAGAAGGUUAGGUUUGUGAAUAUGGAUCCAGAGAGUGUGAGGUUUAUGGCUAGGGAGAUUCUCAUUCUUCGUAAACUUGACCAUCCCAAUGUUAUGAAGCUUGAAGGUCUAGUCACCUCUAGACUCUCAGGUAGUCUCUACCUUGUCUUUGAGUACAUGGAACAUGAUCUCGCAGGUCUAGCCGCAACUCCUGGAAUCAAAUUCUCUGAAUCUCAGAUAAAGUGCUAUAUGCAACAACUGUUCCGUGGACUUGAACAUUGCCACAGACGAGGUAUUCUUCACCGUGAUAUUAAGGGAUCAAAUCUCUUGAUCAAUAAUGAAGGUGUCUUGAAGAUUGGUGAUUUCGGAUUGGCCAACUUUUACCGGGGUGAUGGAGAUUUGCAGCUGACAAGUCGUGUUGUAACCUUAUGGUACAGAGCACCUGAGCUCUUGCUUGGUGCCACUGAGUAUGGACCAGCCAUAGACCUGUGGAGCGCUGGUUGCAUUCUCACUGAGCUCUUCGCUGGAAAGCCUAUUAUGCCAGGACGCACAGAAGUGGAGCAGAUGCACAAGAUCUUUAAGCUCUGUGGUUCACCCUCGGAAGAUUACUGGAGAAGAGCAACACUACCACUUGCAACAAGCUUUAAACCAAGUCAUCCUUACAAGGCAGUUCUUGCUGAAACCUUCAGUCAUUUCCCUGCAUCAGCUCUUACCCUCAUCAACAAGCUACUGGCAAUAGAACCUGAGAAGCGUGGAUCAGCUGCUUCUACCUUGAGGAGUGAAUUCUUCACCACAGAGCCACUCCCUGCUAAUCCAUCAAAUUUACCUAGAUACCCUCCAAGCAAGGAACUUGAUGCUAAGCUUCGCAACGAAGAAGCAAGAAAGCUAAGGGCAGAGGAUAGCAAGAGAAGAGGGGGAGAAACAGUGACAAGAAGACGGCCAAAGGAUCUUAAAACUGCCCAGACACCUGAGUUUAUGGCUGCAGGGCAGUCCAAAGUCACAUGCAUAAGCCAUAAAUUCAAAACAGACGAGGAGGGUGGAACCGGGUUUAGGAUUGAACCACCAAGAAGAGGGAUUCAGCAGAAUGGUAAAGCUCAUGCUUCUUCAAUGGUUCACCCAACAGUGGCUGAUACAGAAUGGAACAGAGGUGGGAGCAUCAAAAGGCAAACUAAUGCAGAGCUCAAGUCUAAAAUAUCUCAAACAGGAGACUUGUCUGGUGAUUCUUACAGGAGAGAUUCCAACAGAGAUUACUCAACCGGAAACGCACCGAGGAAAAACAGAAUCCAUUACUCAGGACCAUUGAUGCCUCCUGGUGGAAAUCUUGAAGAUUUGCUCAAAGAGCACGAGAAGCAGAUCCAACAAGCUGUCCGCAAAGCCCGUGUGGAAAAGUCUGCAUCAAGGAAAAACCAAGGCUUAACAGGACAACAGCAGCAGCGAUACACAGGAAGAAAUGCUCGGUAGCCAAAAGAGAAAAGAACAAAAAGAAACUUUUAAACAACAUAGCACAUGUUUUGAGGUUCAUCAAGCCAUGGAACUCAUAAGCGGUUUUUGUUCUGCCAUUUCUGUGCGUGAAGCCAGGGGAUUGAUGCAAUGUAUAGUCUAUUUGUGACUUAGACCAACAAGAUUGACCACACUAUAAUGUCAAACUACCUUUUUGUACAUACAUAAGGUCACUAUUGAGUUGAGUCAAGCAAAAAACAUGUAUUUCCAAGUGAAGCAAAAUACUGACUGGCUCAGUCCCAAGUAAUCGGAUAUUUUGUGUAUAGAAAUUCAUAUUAAAAGAGCUUAUAAGUUGUGUAUU